AUGUUGUCAGUCCCCAUCCAUAUCCCCACAGACUCUACAUAUGAAGAUCCUGGAUCCAGUUGCACAACUCCAAAGACAGCCAGCACUGCUCACGAUGCAGAGGAGACAGAAAGCAGUGUAUUGGACUACACUGAGCGAUCCCAGGACACCAACAGAAAUGACACCCAUCCACCCAAGGGGCAAUCGUUCACUAUGGAUAAAUUAACAAAAGCUGAAAUGAGGGUGGAGCAGUUCAUUAAUGACAAUGAGCUUCUUACAGCUCACAAAGAGUUAAUUAAAUGUGUGGCGUUGAGCAGAAUCAUCUAUGGGGACAGCCACUGGAAACUUGCUGAGGCUUUCGCCAACCUUGCAUAUGGCUACCUUACUUAUCAAGAGCUGCCUGCUCAGGCCAAACAACAUGCUGAAUCAGCCAAAAGCAUCCUACUUGGGGGUGUUGACAUGACAAAAUCUUUGAAGGAAAAAAGAGGAAUCUUGGGAACUCUAGUCACUAUUUACUAUACAUUGGGCAUGGCGCACCUACUGCAAACCAAUGGCAGAGAAGCGUACAUCAGCUUACAGAAGGUAGAGAAAAUCAUGGAGGAGCUAGGAAGAGCUUCAGGAGAAAAACUCUGUUACUGGGAAAAUAUCUGAAAAAGACAUUGCCUUGGCAUUAGGAAGGGCUUGCUUGCUCCAGAACAAAUUUAGUUCCGCCAUAAAUUACUUUGAGCAGACUGCGGAGCUUGUUGUGUCUUGUGAAGGGGACAGCUCUCCUCAGCUUAUCAGUAUUUACCGGCAUAUGGCCAAAACAGAGCAGAAGAGGAAGAAGCAUGACCGGGCCAUUCAGCACUUACUGCAGGCUCAUUCUAUCUGUCAGACGAUAUAUAAACCUCUGAGUGUGGAGGCUGCACAGUCUGGACUGUUAUUAGCUAAAGCAUAUGCAGCAUCGGGGAGCCCCGACUACAGUGAAAUGGCAGAGAAGUAUUUUACGGAGAGCCUCAACGUGUAUCGGGCAGUGCUGGGACCUGAUGACCCGCAGACACUGAGCACUUGUGUGGAGUUUAGCAAAUGGCUCAUACAAAUUGGAAACACACAAGAGGCGUACAAGCUGUUACAGGCGGCAGUAGGCUUAGAGGCAGAGUACAGUGAAACUGUGGCCGAGAUACGGAGCAUUAUGGGAAGCAUAUGUCUGGCUGAUGGGAAGAUUUUGAAGGGUUACCGAUUGCUGAAAAAGUGUUUAGAAAUUCAAGUGGUAGCAUAUGGGUCUCAGCACAGCAAAAGCAGAGAAACUCAGAACCUGCUUAACGCAUUACAGAAGUCUGGAGCUGUUUGGGACUGA